AUCAUGCGUACCUAGCGAGUUACCUAUAAAUGGGAUUCGCUACAAGGUCGGAAUAGCAUGUCCCUGGACCAGCUAACAGAUUCCAUAGAGAGCCAUCAAUUACCGAGAGUAUCGAUAUUGGAAAGGGUCAUUUCAAGUAGAUUUCCAAAAAUCAUGCGUAGAUCUGAACAUACGUACGGGGAAAAGGAUCGCUCAAGCAGGCUCCUUGGUCAAGAUUCAAGCAAAUUCGGUGAAAGGAAGGCUUAUUCGGCACCAAGAUUUGGUCAUCCGAAUCUUAUCCCUGGUUCCCGAUCAAGUCGCUUCUACAAUGUACAAGUGGAAGACAAAUCGUGCUCGCCUACAUCUCGUCGGUCAAAGCUUCUCACCGAGAGUCACCCUAGCAUCAAAACAAGACAAAACUCCUCCAAAACAUGUGAGGGAUUGAACCCGGAGAGCGGCGAAGACGAUGAUGAUCUUGAUGAUGAUCACAUACAUUUACCAAAACUAAAACCCAAGGAAGCAGAGUUCUUACAAUAUGUUGCCGAAGAUGACAUACCAGGCCUUACAAAGUUUAUGGAAUGCGUAUGUUUUGCGACUGAACUGAAUGUGAACUGCACAAACUUUCAGGGAGUGUCGGCGCUCCACAUAGCCAUACAAAACAGAUCCCAUGAGAUGGUUGAAUUUCUCUUGAAGCUUCCGUAUCUGGAGAUCGGUGACGGUGUAUUGCAGGCGAUCCGCUGUAACGAUAUACGAAUUGGGGAGAUUCUGUUGGACGCUCAGCAGAAAAUAUCGCCGGGAUUAGAAUUCGCGGGUGCGGCUCACUCAGCGGACUUCCCGCCACACGUGACUCCGCUCAUCCUCGCAGCUCAGAUGGGGCAUUACGAAAUAGUCUCGUGUCUCAUAAGUCGAGGACACACGAUCAACCGUCCUCAUUUAGCUAACUGUCCGUGUGGUUGCUGCAGGGCUGGUUGUUCGCAUGAUGACCCCCUGCACGAGAGCAGCAUGCGACUGUCACAGUAUCGCGCUAUCGCGUCCCCGGCUUACAUGGUGCACGUAUCCUCGGACCCCGUACUGACCUCGUUCUGCCUCGCUGCCGAACUCGCGGAGAACGCUGCCACUUACAGACAAUUGGCUGCAGCCUAUCUACAGGUAGCCGAUGACGUCAGCGCGUUCGCCGUUGACCUCAUAGGAUGUUGUCGAACCGCUGAAGAAGUGGAAUUAGUUCUAAAGCAAACUUCAGGAUGUAAGGGACGUCGACACUUCGUAUUACCACGGUUGCUCAUGGCUGUUGACUACAAACAGAAGGAAUUUGUCGCUCAUCCCAAUACUCAACAGGUGCUAGAGUCUUACUGGCUUGGUAAUUGGGAAGGUUGGAGAACCAAAUCCUUGUUGGCAAAAGCUGGUACAUUUCUAAUACGAGUAUUCAUUACUCCAGUCAUGCUUAUAGUUUGCAUGGUAGCGCCGCGUCAUCGCCUCGUAGCACACUGGCAGAUACCGUUGAACAAACUGAUUACUCACGUCGCCGCAUACUUUGUGUUCCUUGCCCUAAUCUUCUAUAUUUCUAAUCAAGAUAAAUUUUGUCUGAAGCGAGGACCCCCAAACACAGGUGCGGAGGCUCCACUGAUUUUGUAUGUGUGUGGCUAUGCCUGGUCAGCUCUCCGCAUGAUCGUGAUGCAAGGUCCAUACCGCUACUUCACUAAGAUGUGGAACUGGACUGAGAUCAUGAUGCUCACUCUGUUUACCUUAACUUUCGUCUUUUGGGUGUUAGCGGCCAUCGAUGUCGCCAUUUAUGAUGAGGAGGAUUUAGAACGCAAAUUUUGGUCUCAGCACGACCCGACUUUAUUAGCCGAGGGCACGUUCUGCCUGGCGACUAUAUUCGCUUUCUUCCGACUUAUGUUCCUGUGCCAGUUGAACUACCAUCUAGGGCCGCUGCAGGUAUCAUUAGGGAAAAUGACUAUCGACAUUUACAAGUACAUAAUAAUAUUUGCAAUAAUUAUAAGCGCAUUUACCGCUGGCCUCGCGCGUUUCUAUCAAUAUUACGACGGCAUGGUAUACGAAGAUGAAUUCGGAAUGAAGACUGUACAGGUAUCGUCAUUCACGAGCUUAACCGAUACUCUGAACACUUUAUUCUGGGCUUUGUUUUGUAUGGCUCCUUUGGAAAGUGCCGACGUGGUGCUGGAAAAUACGCGGGACCACGCAGAAAAAGCUCAUGAGAAUAGACACUCGUACACGGAACGUAUCGGAUACUUUUGUUUUGGGUGUUUUGAAGUUAUAUCCGUAAUAGUUGUUCUGAACAUGCUCAUAGCAACUAUGUCCAACACAUUUCAAAAAGUAAACGACAAUGUUGACAUAGAAUGGACGUUCGGAAAGACUGAGGUAUACAUAGACUACAUGCUGCAGACCACACUGCCGUCACCCUUGAACUUAAUCCCCACGGCUGCAGGUGUGGGUAGUCUCGUGGAGUGGAUCCGUGCUCGACGCAAUCGCAGCCAAGGCGUCUGCGCUCGGUGGUCUCCUCAGUACUGCUGUUACAUAGAGCGUGAUGUGGAAGCACCGAAUCAUAAGGAGUAUCCAGCUCUGAUGUCGGUCCUGGUACAGCGGUACUUCAGAGACAAGGAUUGCUCACUCGUCACUGCUAACCGGAUCGAGAGCGAAUUGGCGUCUAUGCGCAGAAACCUUGCUUGUAUUAGGGUUCCACGGCCAGUUUAACUUGCGUUUUAAAGUACGUAAGACUUCUUAUAUUGGAAGCCUCAUAGAACAAUCUUGAUAAAGGCGUAUGCCGUAAGAAUGAAACUCUUUCCAUAAAAGUUCCUGUUAAGAUGUUAUAGUCUCAGUUUAGUCACUGGGUUCAAGAUAUUAAUUCAGUGCUGGUGUCUUAUAUGGAUAUUUUAAUUAUUCUGGUGUCUUAUACGAAAUAACUUUAUCGAUAAGAUUUAUCAUUAGUCUUGCGAUAUGUGCGCCUAUUUGUUAAUUGAUAUCGCUAAAUAAAUAAAAUUCAUAAAUAAUG